AGUAUCUUUAUCUUAUAACAAUGUCUCUUUCACAUACUUUCAUCUUUCUCUUCUCCAUUAUCACACUCAUAAUUUCCAAUGGAGUUUUCUCACAACAAUCCAACAUCAUAUUACCCUCCGAACAACAACGAAACACCGAAAAACUAACACAUAUCCACUUCUACUACCACGACAUCAGAACCAAAAAAAACCCUACCAUGAUACAAAUCAUCGACACGCCAAAAAACGUGGCUAAUGGAUUUGGUUCAGUCUUUAUGAUGGAUGAUGCAAUGACGGAAGGACCGGAGUUAAGUUCAAAGCACAUUGGAAGAGCUCAAGGGCUAAUAGGUCUUUCAUCACUUCAUGAUAUUGCUGAGUGUAUGUUGAUAAAUUUAGUUUUUGAUGAAGGGAGUUAUGGUGGAAGUACGCUAAGUAUGUUGGGGAGGAACCCUAUUUCAAAGCAAAAUAGAGAAACAAGUAUUGUUGGUGGAACUGGUGUUUUUAGGUUUGCUAGAGGCUUUGCUAUUGCGAAUAGUGUUAACUCCAUUUCUACACCUCAACAUUAUAUUGUUGAGUAUAAUAUUACUGUUUCUCAUCCCUAAAAUAUUACUAGAACAUGUGUACUAGGAAUAAUGCUUCACCAACUUUGCUUGCUUUUGUUGUUUUGGUGAGCACUUUGGUUGUUUUGUUUGCUGCAUAUGUGUUUUUUUUGUCUUAUCUAUUUUGAAUGAGAAGU